UCUAAUGAGCCAGAAAUCACAAAGUUCAACCAAGGAUUUUCAUUCCCUCCACAAAUUGAGGAAUGCAAAGCGUACAUUAGGGAAAAAACUGCCCUGUUGAACCACCUCACAAAAAGUAUCAACUCAGCGAAGCAGUUCCAUGACGCUUGCGCCAAAGAAGCCAUCGAGACAAUUAAUGGUCGGCAAGAACACAAGGAACGCGAAAAGCUUAUGUUAGAUCUAAACAAACAUCUGGAGGCUGAGUCGAACAUUCUGGAAAUUUCAGCAAUACAAUGGCUGAACAAAAUAGACUUCAGAAAAGAGGAACUACUUCAACAAACCGCAUUAAUAACCUCAUCCCAGCCCAACCAUUCUGUAACCAACAGCCAUAGCAGCUGUCAAGGAUGGUCUAAUGCAGCAAUGACUCCGCAAGAACGCAACGUUCGGGUCAGGCGUCCAUUGCUGGAAGUUCCUACAUUUGCUGGGAACUACAUGGAGUUCAAUACGUUCUGGUCCGUUUUCGAAUCGCUAAUACACAGCGACGACGAUUUGAGCGACCAAGAGAAAUUCUUAUUUUUGAAGCAGGCUCUGAAGGGAAAAGCGGCCACUUCAAUUAGCAGUGUCCCAGUACUGGGAGAAAAGUAUGCCGUUGCCGUCAACAUACUGAAGAAACAUUAUGACAAGUCUUCAAGCAUCGCAGACAUUUUGAUUAAUGAAAUAGAACGUUUGCCGCGAGCUCAAGGAAAUCCGAGGAGUUGCCGCGAAACCCUCGCUGCAAUUUCUUCUCGCAUCACACACCUGGAGCAAACGGGACUACAAAUGAAUGCAGAUCGAAUGUGGAGACGCCUUAUCCUGUCCAAAUUUACGGAAUCGAUCUGUGGCAAAGUGAUAAGGAAGGAAAACGACACUGGAAACUCUCUCAGCGUAAAUGAAAUCAUGGAAUCCAUCGAUGAGAUAAUCACCUUAAAGGAGACAACUGAACUAACGACAAAG